AUGGCAGAUCCAAAGAAGAGCAGCGCUCCGAGUAGUGCGAGCAAGGAUGAAAUGAGCAGCAAAUUUGCCAACUACCACUCGAUGGAGACCGAUGUGACAAAUCGCUCAAAACUGAUGCCCGGUCAGAAGCCCAUUGGAGUGAUGGUCAACGUCGCCGAUGCCUGUUCGAUACCGAAAAAGCCUGGGGAAGCUGCUAAGAAGGCGGGCAAAUCGGUGUCAGAGAAAAAGACGAAGAAGUCUAAAGAUGACAAGAAAAAGGCAAACGACAAGUCUUUGAGCAGUGCUAGUGAGAAACAGAAGAAGAAGGAGGCAAAACCAAAGUCAGCAGACGCUGCUGCCAAAAAAGUAAAGUCAGAGAAGAAGAAGAGCAAAAGUCACUCGUCCUCAUCAUCUUCUUUGUCUGCCUCCAAAAAGAAGAGCAAAAGCAAGGCGUCUUCUGCUGCUAGCUCGAAAGAGGCAAGCCAGUCAAAGGAAAUUCCCUCCGGCUCUACAUAUAAGCUAAAGUCAAAGACUUCGGACGGUGGUGCUGUUGGUGGUGGUGGCAGUAAAAGCGGCACUUCUAACAGCAAGAAGAGCUCUUCAAAGACAUCCGAUGCGGCUUCCUCUUCCUCUGCUUCUAAAUCUUCUUCCAAGUCGGCCUCAAAGAAGGCCAGUGGCUCAAAGGUCGCUUCAGCACCCGGCUCCUCUGCGGCCGAUGGCAGCAAGUCGUCUUCGAAGGAUGCCUCCAAGUCAUCAUCCUGA